ACGAGGAAGAACCGGUGUGACAGUUGAUUAGCAACAAAAGAAAUAUCUCAGUGCUCGUGAUCCUAUUCUUUCAUUUUAUUUUAUAAACAACUUCUAAAGUUUUAAUGUCUUAGAAUCGUGUUAAGUUUUAAUAAAUAGAUUUACGGACAUUUUCUUUGAAAAAAUCAAAAGCAAUGUAUUGUUGAUCAAGUUGCUGAAUUAUAACAAAAAAAAAUAAAGAAAAAAAUGGAAGAACGCUCCAGUAGUGAUAAAAACAGUCUCUCUGUUGAUUUGGCACAAAUGGGCCUUAAUUUGGGUAAUAAACCCAAAAUCAAACCACUCCGUAUUAAAGAACUUUUGGAAUUGAGCAGCGAUGAUGAGAGUGAAGACAGAGAACGUGAUUCUGAUAAAUCAGAUGAAGAAUUUUACGGUGUCGACGAUUUGGAAUGUGACAGAAUAAAGGAUUCGGAAACUGUAGAAAAUACCUUAAAAGGUCCCAAAGAUACAUGUGGACAAUUGGCCGUGAAUUUGGCACAAAUGUCAAUUGAUAAAGAAACAAUAAAACAAGAAUCUCAUUCUUUACAGCAGCAGCAGCAGCAAUUGCCAAAAACGCAAUUGUCAAUUGAAAAACCAACUCUUAGUUCGUCAUUGAAUUUAUCUCAUUAUUUAAGUGAAACUCCAAUUAAACAUGCACAAAUUACGGGGAGUACACGACCAACCCCUUGUUUUUCUCAUAAAUCAUUAUUCAUUACACCGCAGAAUAAAAUGAAUAUCGAGUGUGAAAAAAAUUGUGCGCCAACUCCUUCGUCAUUAUUUGGACAAUUACCGCAAAGUAGUUUACAAACUCCUUCACAUAAUCAAAUUCCACGUUUAAUGGAAGGUAUGAGCACCGAUAAAUCGAAUAGUGUACAAUCGAGUUCAACAAAAACGGAAAAUUCCAGAUUUUACAAUCUUGAGAAUAAAAAAGUGAGGAGACCAUUGGCCGAGACAAUGAUGCCAGUUUCUUUAAAGAAAGAUUCAAUGCAAUCUUUUUCCUUUGAAUCACGACACAGCGCCAUUGCAAAUAAUAUUGCACCGAAAAUUGAAGCAAUCUACCGACCCACACCUAUUGAAACUAAUAUUGAAUUAAAGGAGAACAAUAAUCCCAAUGUGAAUGAAAAAUUAAAUUCUGAAACGGCAUCGAAACGAAAUUCAAUAUCAAAUAAGGAUUCAAUCAUUGCAAGAGUAUCGUCAUCAAAUUAUUCCUCCGAUCAAACUAAAGCCGAAACUAAUGACAAUCCCAAUGAGGCGCCACAAUUAUUAUCCACAAUAAUUAAAAAUAAACCACCUCAAUUAUUAUCGACGUCAGUGAAAGUUGAAGUUCCACAAUUAUUAUCCACGUCAAUUAAAACUGAAGCUUCACAAUUAUUCUCCACGACAGUGAAGAAAGAAUCUCCACAAUUAUACCCCACGUCAGUGAAGAAAGAAUCUCCACAAUUAUUAUCCACGACAGUGAAAAAAGAAGUUCCACAAUUAUUAUCCACGGCAGUUAAAGCUGAAGUUCCACAAUUAUUAUCCACGACGGUUAAAGCUGAAGUUCCGUCAUUAUUUCCCACAAAAACACAAAAAAUCGAAUCACCGCAAGUAUUUCCGACAAUUAUUGACAAUAAACCAAAUACGAUUGUUCAACAAGUUCCACUGACUUUUGAUUCGCAAAUUAGUCAACCGAAAAUAAAUAGAAACGAUGAGUAUAUUGUUGUGAAAAAAGUAACAUAUCGAAAUUUGGGAUUAAUUGGAAAAGGAAUGAGUGGACAGGUGUUUAGAGUGCAGAAUUUGGCAAAUAAUCAAAUACAAGCGGUCAAGUUCUUUAAUUUCAAUCAAUUGGAUAAGGAGGGAAUUCAAGGAUGUUUAGAUGAAAUUAAAAUGUUACAUAAAUUACAGGCUCCGUGUGUCAUCAAAAUGUUUGAUUAUGAAGUUAAAAAUACACACGCCUAUGUUGUCAUGGAAUUGGGUGAUACAGAUCUUAGCGGUUUGAUUAAAACAAAUGCCGUUGAGACUGAUAUUUAUUUCACAUUAUAUUACUGGAGACAAAUGUUGAUUGCUGUUAAUCAUAUACACAAAAAUGGUGUAAUUCAUUCAGAUUUAAAACCAGGAAACUUCGUUUUAGUUCGGGGAAAAUUGAAAAUUAUUGAUUUUGGCAUUGCGUCGAGUAUAAAUGCCGAUAUGACAUCAGUAGUGAAAAAUUCAACUACUGGAACAUUAAAUUACAUUAGUCCAGAAGCAUUAAUUGAUAUUGAGGAAACUACGAGUAACGUCAAACACAAAAUAAAUUGCAAAUCAGAUGUUUGGGCGUUGGGCUGUAUUCUUUAUAGUCUCGUUUAUGGUCACACACCAUUUCACGAUAUUCGUAAUUAUUGUAAAAAAAUAAAUGCAAUACAAAGUUCAAGUCAUAAAAUUGCCUUUCCACAAAGAAGUGGUCAUCAAAUGAAAUUUGUGCCACCAAUAUUAAUUGAUGUUAUGAAAAAAUGUUUAAAUCGUGAUGCUAAAGCACGACCAACAGUCGAAGAAUUAUUAGAGGUCUCGUACAUUUCCACCAAUAAUCCAGAACCAGUACCUGAUAUUCCCCCUUCAUUGUUAUUUAAAAUAUUACAAAAAAAGCACACCGAGGAGGAAGGAAAACUACUUCUAAAGUUAUUGGAGGAAAGAAGACAACAGUGACAUUGAAUAGUUUAAAUAAGAUGCAUUAAUAAAAAAAAAAGUAUAUAAAGUCGAUGAAA